AUGUACAAAAGAGUUGCGAUCGACUCAACCAUGUCGCUUCAAAAUAUUCGGUCAAGAUCAACGCAGACGUUAAGCCCCGAGCCGGAAUCGGUUGGUGAGCGUACGAGGUUCCAGUUGAGUCCGCUAACCGAAUCAACGAUUAAUGAAGAGCUUUCACGAAUCGAUUUAUAUAAUAGAACAAAUGUUGUUAAAAUUAAUCGUGAUAUUCUGAAUCAAGCGGCAAAAUGGAAGAAGAGCGAAUGGAUUCAGUUCAUCAUGUCGAUGAUUCCGAUCACUCAAUGGUUGUCGAGUUAUAACUGGAAAUCGGAUUUGAUAAUCGAUGUUCUGGGCGGUACGAUGAUUUCAGUGAUGAGUGUGCCGCAAAGUCUUGCCUAUGGUAUGCUUGUUGGGGUCCCGCCUAGCUAUGGCCUAAUUACCGGAAUUAUUGGUCCGUUGGUUUAUGCAACUUUCGGCACCUCAAGGCACUCGUCUCCUGGCGCGUUUGCUAUUGUUUCAUUGAUGGUCGGAGGAGCUGUCGAAUCAUUUGCACAAGGAGCUGAAAUUUCAACGGAACUUGACGACUUUGAAGGGUUCUACGCCACUGAUGACCAAACAUGCUGUCGAGGUCAAAGCGCACCUGUCUCGCAAACUGACGCCAUCGCAAUAUCGACGUCCAUCACGCUACUCGUUGGAAUAUUCCAGAUUCUAUUUGGCAUCAUGAAUGCCGGACUAUUAUCCGUUUGGCUAUCGGACCAUCUCGUCCAAGGCCUGACAUCAGGCGCGGCGAUUCACGUGCUAACAUCGCAAAUCAAAUCGAUCACAAAUAUCAGAACACUUCCGACGACAUCCGAGCCAUUUCAACUCGUCCAAUUUUAUUUGUGCUUUUUCCAUCAAAUGCACACCGCCCAGUAUCAGUCGGUGUUGUGCUCGAUGAUUUGCUUCGGCCUUCUCGCGCUGUCUGCAUAUGUCAUCGAUCCGCAGUUGAGGAGGCGAAAAGUGCCCGUCAAGUUUCCCAUGGAGCUUAUUAUUGUGAUUGGCAGCACUUUGGUGGUGGCACUUGGGAAAGUGAACAUACCAACGGUUGGGCACGUUGAGGGCGGAAUUCCGGCGCCGAAAUUUCCGCCAAUGACGAGCGCCGGCUCAUUGGCAACCUCCGCCAUGUCAAUUGCCGUGAUAUCUUUCGUUAUCCACAUUGCGUUAUGUAAACUUGUUUCGAAACGCUUAAACUAUGUUAUUAACCCGAAUCAGGAAUGGCUUGCUCUCGGCUUAAUGCACACAACAUCGUCGUUCUUCGGGUGUUUCGCCGGUGGAUCGUCCCUCGGCCGGACCAUGAUGCAAGUGAACUGCGGCACUAAAACCCAACUCUCGACGAUUGUGUGCUCGAUUGUGUUGACCAUUUUUGUACUCGGCGCCGCCAAAUAUAUUUUCUAUCUUCCGAAAGCGGUUCUAGCCGUGAUCGUUGUGUUCGCGAUGAAGGAUUUGUUUUUUCAAACCGCCGCCGCUUUUGAUAUUCGAAGGAAGAGCUUUUUCGAUUUUUUGAUUUUCAUAGUGACAUUCACCUCAGUGCUUAUUCUCAACGUGAAUUUUGGCCUUGUCGUUGGAGUGGCUUUUGCAUUACUAACAGUGGUGUUUCGAUCGCAAUGGGCUGACAGUACCUUAUUAGGACGAAUCAAGGGUACAAAUCAUUUUCGAGGAUUGAGUCAUUAUGGCGCAGCUGUUGAAAUUCCCGGAAUCAAGGUGUUCCGCUUCGAUGCUCCAUUAUACUUUGCCAACUCUGAGCUGUUCCUCUCGCGCAUUCACAGCACUUGCGGUAUCAAUCCGAUCAUCGUGAAGGGCAAAAUUGCCGAAGAGGAGAAGAAGAAUCGCGAAGCGGAGAAGAAGCGGCGACAAAACGAUUUGGAAGCGCCGCUGGUGACAAAAGACGAAACGCAGCUUGAAAUCAAAGGUGAACGAGUGAAAAAGUUGGGGUCCGACAGAUCGGCAAGUCGAAAGGAAGAGUUUGAAAUCACACAGCUCACUCAUAUUAUUCUAGAUUGCUCGUCAAUUCCUUAUAUUGAUUUGAUGGGAAAAGAUUCGUUGAUGCAAGUCUUCACCGAUUACAAGUCAAUAGAUAUUGAGGUCCUCUUCGCCAACACCAAAGAAACGGUUCGCCAAAUUCUCGACUCAACCGAUUUCUUUGAGAAGGUCCCACCUAAUCGAAUGUUCGUGAGUCUCACUGACGCUGUCAAUCAGGCGAAGCUCGAGCAGCAAGGCAAAUAUAAUGGCGACGAUCAAUCGGGACGCACGAUUCUGAAACCGGCGGCCAUUGCUCAACCGAUCGCGAAAUCGGUGGCGCAGAAAACCGCGCCGUUGAACAAUGAUACCGUGCUGCCAAGGACGCAGAGCACCUCGCUGCUCACCGGUAUUGAUAAUUCGCUUCAGGAGCAUUUGGAUACUGUCAGCGAUACGCGAAUGCAACAGCUUCUCAUUCAUCUGCUUCUUCUUCUUCUGACGACGACACGCGGCGAGGUGCUCGUCGAUGUUUCGCCAAACUCGAUCGCCCAUUUGUUCAAGAGAGAACUAUCGGCAAUCCAUGAUCGACUCAUCCGCAUUUCGCCACCACCGUUUCACUCGACCUAUUUGGGUCUGGAGCUCAAAGUCGACCACAUUCAGCUCGUUGACUUGCACAUGCCGCGCAUUAGCUAUGAGCUCAUCGCUCCUGACGUGAUCAACUUGAAGCUUCUCGGCGGCUCCGCGCGGCUUCUCGGCCAAUAUUCGGCGCAGUACAAGACGAAAAGGGAGGGCCAAUUCGAGUUCAUCAUGACCGAUUUCCACUUUUCGAUGCCUGUCCGUAGAUCAACACCCAAUUAUCAAUUGACUCCUGAUGCCGCGUGCUCGUUGGAGCUCGACGAAUCGCGUGUGGUAAUGACGCCGGCGUUUCCCGAACAGAUCACGAAGAACAUUCGGACGAGCAUGCUUCACACAAUCAACGAUCAAGUCUGCAAGGAGGCCGAAAAAUUUGUCGAGCGAUUCAGUAAGCGGCUUGCCAAUUCGGUAAAGCUGCUCGAUAUCAGCGAAGGCGAUCAUCCAUCAACGGUUGAUGUCGUUGUGAAUCUUCACAAUCCGCCAGCUGACGAGCAAGCCAUUCGAAUCUCGGUGACCGAGAGCCUCAUCAACAGCGAGCUCGCGAAAUUGUCGACAGGCGCUGAAACGAGAUUCCUUUGGAACAGCGUUCCAGAACUUGCCGAACAUCUGAGAAACAGCGAGUUCGGCGAUGGCCACAUUGAGUCAUCGCUUCGCGAUCGGCCGACAAUUCGACUCGCCGACGAGAUUCUCGUCGUUCUGCCGAUCACGACGACGUUCUCACGUGUCGCCCACGCGCUCUUCAACGUCGACACCGACGUCGUCUUAAUAAUGCGCAAUCCGAUGGUGAGCGCGCCGAACGCCGAUGGCCGCAUCGAGUGGUCCAGCGAUUUCGAGUUGCGAUCGGUGGAAAUCGUCAAAAUUUCGGCGUCGCGAAAAUUUGGCGCGUUUUUCGCGACGCCACUCGACGCCAAAAUCGAAGCGAACAAGCCGUUCAUUGAGAACAUUCUCUCAAAAUACCUCCGCGGAGCUCUUCCGAUCCAAUUGAACGGCCUCACUUGGAAUCACUCGCAUAGGCUCAAGCACAUCAAUCCCGACUCAUUGACAUUCUCGAUUAUGCCGCACUUCGCACCGCCCGUCUAG